AUGCCGCCACCCAAGCGACAACAGAACCUCGACGAGCUAUUCGAAAGUGCCAAUCGCCACCGCACCAACACGAUACCAAUCAAUGAGGAAAGCGAGGACACGAUUCUGCGCACCAAGCUGGAGUUGGCCACUGAGACGUACGAGGCGGCGCAGGACAAGAUCAAAAGGCUGCAAGAACAGCUGCGGGAACGCACUGCCGAGCUUGAAGCUUACGACGACGCCCCUGACAACGACAGCGCAAACAGGAUGAAGAUCUUGUUGGAAAGCCGCAGCAAGUACUUCAUGGCGGUGACGGAGGCACGCAAAAAGGAGAUGCGUGCGAGAGAGGAGUUUCUGGCUGUGUUGCGGAAGGUGGGCCUAGACCAGGUUCAGUGGGGCUGA